AUGCCACUGCGUACUCACUCUCCUGAGUCAAAAGUCGCUAUCAGCGAGUUGAUCAAUGCCAACGACCAUCAAGGCACACCUUCCCCCACCAUGUCUGAUCAUAGCAACGAUGCCAUCAACCUGAUCAGUCAGGACAUGAAAUCUCUGGUCAAGAAGAUCCAAGACCUUCGCCAUAUUGGAAUCGAAGACAACAAGAUUGCCCUACCCAAGAUCUGUGUCAUAGGUGAUCAGAGCACCGGCAAGAGUUCUCUUAUCGAGGGAAUGUCUGAGAUCAAGGUCCCUAGGAGUGCCGGCACUUGUACUCGUUGCCCUAUGGAGAUCAAUCUUUCUCAAAAUAACCGUGGCGAACCUUGGAUCUGCCAUGUGUAUCUCUCACGCAAGUACAUGUUUGACAGCUCCCACAAACUUGCGAGAAUACCCAAGAAAUGCAAGGGCCUUGGCCCUUGGAUAGAGCAAGACCAGGAGGAUGAGCUCUUCAUCACACUGUAUGAGAACGAUGAUGUCCAAGAGGCCAUCAAGUGGGCUCAGAUUGCCAUCCUCAAUCCUGGCCAUGCUCCAAGUGACUACAUGCCCGGCAGGAACGCAGAUGCGACCAUGGACUGUCAGGUGAAAUUCUCUCCGAACGUGGUGCGGCUUGAUAUCUCUGCUCCUAAUUUCCCCAAUCUUUCGUUCUACGACCUCCCCGGCGUAAUCAGUCAAGCCGAAUUUGAUGAUGAGCGUUACUUGGUCGCCCUGGUCGAAAACCUUGUUCGGCAGUACAUCUCCCAGGAGAACUGCAUAGUCCUGCAGACAUUGCCCAUGACCGAUGAUGCCACCAAUUCCAGCGCAGGACGAAUCAUGAGGGAUGUGCGCGGAGCUAUAGAGAGAACCUUGGGUGUCUUGACAAAGCCCGACCGAGUACAGACCUGUGAAUCUUACAAUCAAUGGAUAGAGAUUCUGGAAGGGGACAAAUUCUCGCUGGGACAUGGGUACUUCGUCGUUCAGAACAACCCCGAUCCUUCGGUGCCACAUGCCCAAGCCCGCGAGGAAGAGGCCGCUUUUUUCUCAUCAAGCCCGUGGUCCACAGAGCUUGCGCCGUACAGAGAUCGGUUCGGUACUCGAAACCUCCAAACCGCGCUGUCUUCGCUCCUCCUCAAGCAGAUCCAGAGAUGUCUGCCGGGAGUCAUCGACCAAAUAAAUGCGAAAGCAGAACGAAUCGACGCCGAGCUCAAAACGCUUCCUGACCCUCCCAGCAACAACGUGCAGUAUAUCUUGUGCCGGAAUAUCAACCAGUUCAAAGAAAUGAUCACCGCACAUCUUGAUGGGGGCUCGUCAGAGUAUCCUCUCCAGAAGCUGUGGGGCCACAUGGCUUUAGAUUUUCAGCGGGCUUUGAUCAAGACCCGACCAACCGUUUCGUUGCGAUCCAAAUCUGAUGAGCAAUUGCUAUCGCCCUUAAUCGAGCGCGACGGAGAUUCCGAUUGCGAGAUGACCGGGGUACAAACUGGUAUGAAACGAAAGGCCCCUCCUAGCGACGCCCCCGCGCGCAGUGCACCUGUUACUCCCCGCGACAGAAGCGUAGAGCGUCCCUCAGGCUAUUAUUUCCCUGAGUUUGAGAAGUUCGAAAAGCCUGCACUGGUAUUCAGUUGGGAGCAAAUCCGCGACAUCAACGAGGAAUCCUACCGUGCCGGAAUUCCCGACCAGGCGGACCCAAAGGCCAUUGAGAUCAUGCGACAGCUGAGUGUGGCCCAUUGGAGAGGACCUAUGGAUACGUUUAUCCAAGCCACUCAUAACCUUGUCAAAGAGAUGAUUACGGCGCAGCUGGGAAAGGUCUUUCAUCAAUACUUCCAGACUGGCCUGUACAAAGAGCUCAGACAUAUCAUUGAUGCCUUUCUCAAAGAGCUCAAGGAGGAGCACGAGCGCCAUGCGGAGGAGAAUUACAAUAUAGAGUACAACAAACCUUUCACCAUGGCGACGGUGACUCUGGACAGAGCAAUCAAGAGUGCGUUUGAAGAGAUCAGUCGUCGUCGUUGGGACUUUCGCACUGGCUUUUAUUUGAGCAAGCGGAAUGUCGCACCCGACCAUCCGCGGCGAGAGGUAGAGAGAAAAAAGCUGACGGCAGCGGAACUUGGACCCGAUAUGUUUGAGCAAGAGUUGAAGAUGAUGGCGUCCACCAGGGGAUAUUACGAUAUCGCCAGCUCCCGAUUCCUCGAUUUCACCUGCCAGAGUGUCCAUUCCAAAUUGUUUUCCAAGUGCAGAGAAGAGCUUGUUCCCACCAUCGAGGAGAGGCUAGGUAUUCAGGACGAAAAUGCGAUGGAGCGUUGCAUGGAGCUCAUGGUCGAACACCCUGAUCGCCAGCGCCGCCGCUAUCAUCUACAGAAAGAAAGAGAAAAGAUUACUCGGGCACAGCAGUCGCUUGAGACUGCCCAAAAAGAUGAGUCCGCUGAUGAAUUCGGCAGCCGUGUGAAGACGGAGCCUGUCAACGGAUGGAUGAAUCGUGCUUCGUUUGUUUAG